UGCGUAUUAUGGUUGCCGCAUAAAAUGUCGGUGAGAUCGCGCGAGAAUCACAUCAUAGUUUUGCUAAAAUUUUCGAUAGUUAAUAUGUAGUAAAAAUUAAAAGUUUUAAAACUGAUGCAGUAAUCCAGAUUAAACUCAACCAUCAUACAACAAUCAAUCGCAACCGGUAGAAAACUUUUAUUUGCAAACAAUCGCCCUAGUUGUGUGAAUGUUUUUAAUUGAACGUGACUUCAGUGAAUUAUUGUAAACCAUUAUUCAUCACGCUUCUGCUAAAGUUUGAAGGACAGUGUGAGUUACGCCGUAAGGAGGCAAACACGUAGAAAGAUACCGUCUACUUAAUUUGAAAAAAAUGAAUCCUUGCUAUGUGAUAACGUUAACGCUGCUGGGGGCGAUAGGCGUUCUGCUUCAAUCGAGUUUAACUGACGCAUGCAGUUGUCAACCGGAACAUGCCCAAACAGCUUAUUGCAAUGCGGAUUAUGUUAUUGUUGCACAAGUACUAAGGAAAUCGAAUCGAACACAAAGCGGUAAUAAUGUUUACAAAAUCGCAAUAAAGAAAGAAUAUAAGCUGAAUUCUCGAGCUCAAAAGCUGUUGACGCAAGGAAAACUUAUUACUACUGCGACAGAUUCGAUGUGCGGUCUGCAGCUAGAGAUCAACCAGUUAUAUGCAAUUGCGGCACAGAACAUCCAUGUAGGGCUGUGUAACUUUGUGCGGAAGUAUUCAGAUCUUACCAUUGUAGAAAAACGUGGCUUGGCAGGAAUUUACCGGAAGGGCUGUCCUUGCAAGAUUAAACCUUGUUACACUGGCGUUUGCAACGUGUCAGUCGGAGCAUGCAACUGGACACCGUGGACUGAAUGCGAAUCAGAAUAUGGUGUAUGUGUGCCAACACGAGGACAGAUGAUCGAUGGAAUUCCCGAAAAAUGCCAUUGGCGUCGAUCGCCACUAUACCAGAAAUGUAAAGUCGACAAUCAAAAAUGAGUUAAACUGCUUUGCAGAAAGAUGUAUUUAUAAAUACUGUAAUUAUGUUUCCUAUAUAACUUCUCGUUCUCGUUAGUUCAAACCAAGUAACUGAUUAAUAACUUAUUUAAUUAUUAAACAGUAUUUAUUAUCAGAAGAUAUAUUUAUUUUUAAUAUAUGUAGUUGUGGUUAACGUCGGUAAAAUGCCGUUUAAUAUGAAGCUUUAGUUUUUCUAAAUUUAUUUACAGCUUAUGUACUUAACAUAAGUGCAUAGUUCAAUUUGCUGUUCAACAUUACUCGAGACAUUGACAUUGAGGAAAAAAUACUAGACAUAACUACAUCCAAUUUAGUUACCUCCAAUAUUUUCGCAAAUGUCAGUAUUUUCGAACGACAAAAAAGUGUCCUAAAUUGUUCGAAUGUCUAAAUUGUUCGAAAUUCCUUGCAUUGUCCACCAGAACGGUAAAAUUAUUAAUUAACUUUGUAUGUAUUGACUAAGAUGUAAAUGAGACUAAUACUGCUCUUAUCAGAAAACUAGAAAGCUUAGUACAAAUUAUCUGUAGUAAUUGACAAUUGUUAACGUUGUGAAAAUACUAUUAUCAUUUAAAAAAAUA